GCAAUUCCUCCUCAGAAACAAACCAAAACAUAUAUUACUUGGAACCGCUUUCCUCCCCACUUGGACCAAUGGAAAUUCCGAGAUGAGUAAUAGAUGGAUGCCUCAACCAUUCGGCGCGGGGGUGGGGUUGGAGAGUCUCCUCCGCGGACCUAUUGGGCGAAUCCGAAUCUGGCCGCAGGCUUUUUCCGGCUCCACCCCACUUUGCAGAGGCGGAGACUGACCUGUCUUGUGAUGUAGCUGGGGCGUGGCCUGGGAUGCACCAAGAGGGGAGGCCGCUGUGUGUCCUUGCCGGAGAGGGAGGUGACUCCAGCCGCAGAGGAGGACGCAGAAUGAGGGCCAUGCGGGCUUCCCAGGCGUUGAUUCGCUCCUUCAGUUCAACAGCUCGGAACCGCUUGGAGAACCGAGUGGCGGAGAAACAGAAACUCUUCCAGGCGGACAAUGACCUUCCGGUGCACUUGAAGGGCGGGGGAACCGACAACAUUCUCUACCGAUUGACCAUGGGACUGUGUCUGGGAGGCACGGUCUACAGUCUGUAUUGCCUUGGCUGGGCUUCCUUCCCCCACCAGAAGUGAGACCAAGAAGCUGGCAGGACCUGAAGGACUUGAACAAGCAUCAAUAAAUGUGCUGGCUUAUUGGGGAACCCA